CUCAGUCCCGCCGCCGCCCGCCUGCCGCGUCGGCCCAGCUGCAGCUCCGCGUCCCGCUCGGCCCCGCGCGCGGCUGCCCGCCCCGCCGCCAUGGCCAGCUCCCCGCAGAAGUCGCCCUCCGUCCCCAAGUCCCCUACUCCCAAAUCGCCCCCAUCCCGCAAGAAAGAUGACUCUUUCCUGGGGAAACUCGGAGGGACCCUGGCCCGGAGGAAGAAAGCCAAGGAGGUCUCGGAGCUGCAGGAGGAGGGAAUGAAUGCCAUCAACUUGCCCCUCAGCCCCAUCCCCUUUGAGCUGGACCCUGAGGACACAAUGCUGGAGGAGAAUGAAGUGCGGACAAUGGUGGACCCAAACUCACGCAGUGACCCCAAACUCCAGGAGCUGAUGAAGGUGCUCAUUGACUGGAUUAAUGAUGUGUUGGUUGGAGAAAGAAUCAUUGUGAAAGACCUGGCUGAAGACUUAUAUGAUGGACAAGUCCUGCAGAAGCUCUUUGAGAAACUUGAGAGUGAGAAGCUAAAUGUUGCUGAGGUCACACAGUCGGAGAUUGCUCAGAAGCAAAAACUGCAGACUGUCCUGGAGAAAAUCAACGAAACCCUGAAGCUUCCUCCCCGGAGCAUCAAGUGGAACGUGGACUCUGUUCACGCCAAGAGCCUGGUGGCCAUCUUACACCUACUGGUUGCUCUGUCUCAGUAUUUCCGGGCACCAAUCCGACUUCCGGACCAUGUUUCUAUCCAGGUGGUUGUGGUCCAGAAACGAGAAGGAAUCCUCCAGUCCCGGCAAAUCCAAGAGGAAAUAACUGGUAACACAGAGGCUCUGUCGGGAAGGCAUGAACGUGAUGCCUUCGACACCUUGUUUGACCACGCACCAGACAAACUCAAUGUGGUGAAAAAGACCCUCAUCACCUUUGUGAACAAGCACCUGAAUAAACUGAAUCUGGAGGUCACAGAACUGGAAACCCAGUUUGCAGAUGGGGUGUACCUGGUGCUGCUCAUGGGGCUCCUAGAGGGCUACUUUGUGCCCCUGCACAGCUUCUUCCUGACUCCAGAUAGUUUUGAACAGAAGGUCUUAAAUGUCUCCUUUGCCUUUGAGCUCAUGCAAGAUGGAGGACUGGAAAAGCCAAAACCACGGCCUGAAGAUAUCGUCAACUGUGACCUGAAGUCCACGCUGCGAGUGCUGUAUAACCUCUUUACCAAGUACCGGAACGUGGAAUGAGAGGCAAGGCCUCCCACCACCCAGCAGCCCCCACUGAUGGCAGACUGGACCAGCUUCCGGGGACCGCCUCACCUUGCUUGUACCUGUCUCCUACUCUGUGCUCCCCCCACAAGCCCAGUGUCUGUCCAGAGAUAGUGGAAAUUGAGGACAGGAAGGAGAUGACCAGUAACUCAGUGGGCUGAUCUAUCACCUUCUAGGCCCUGGAGACUCACCCGACCGUGAAGGGAAAGGUGCCAGUCCAGCUUUCCCUCUGCAUGCCUUGGGAAUAGUGUAGGCCCAGAGUUCCCAGAAGAUGCCCAUGGAGACCACAAGCUGCCAUUGAUGGAAACCAAAGAUGCCACCCUCCUAAGUGCCCUCCUGUGCUCCAGCUCUUUAAUCCUGAUUCCAGGGAAGUAAAUAUUCCCUUCUCCUUUGCACAUGAGGAAACUGAGGCUCAAAGGUUAAGUGACCUGCUAGUUGUUGGUAUUUUUCUUCUCUGCUCCCUAUUUUGUUUUGUUUUUAGACAGAAUGUUGCUCUAGCCCAGGUUAGCCUCAAAACUUCAUAACUUCAUGCCUCAGUCUCCCAGGUGCUAGGAUUACAGGCAUGAACUGCCAACACUCAGCUGGUUUUUCUUCUUUGAACAGCCUAUUUGUUAAUAACUUGUCAAUUACAUCCCGUUCUUAGCACACCUAAAGAGUGUGCGUGCGCGCGCUCGCGUGCAUGAGCAUACACACACAAAUAUCACCUGUGCACACCCUCAUCCUCAAAGAAGACAGGAAGCACUGAUCUCGGGGCAGGGGCAGGCUAGGUCAGGGCUUGGUGAUUCAUGCUGAAAUUGGCUAGUUGAAUUUAUCCCAAUUAAUAGUGUGUGUGUGGCAGGAGUCAUGUCUCUCAAACCCUUUGUGCAAAUGAAAAUUACUCUUAAUUCCUUCAGAUUUAUAAUAACCCCAUACUCUGGUUUGAGGGUGACAUUUGGGAAGGAUUCUGUUUAGAAUUAAUGGAGUAGCACAUUUUGCAGCCUUUUUGCUUGAUUGCAUGUAAUGGAAAUGCCCUAUAUUUUCCUGCAAAAUAAGUACUCAAUUCAUUAUCGUUAGGCAAAUGUACAAUAUACUCAGGCACUGCAGAGAGCUGGGCACGGGCCCCUGUGAGUCUCGCUUGGGAAGUAGGGCUCUUCAACAGAGACCCUUGAACUUUAAAGAAAGGAACUCCUUUUUGCUUUCUAAUUGAUCAUUUAGACCAUUCUGGUGAAGUCUGCCCACAUGCAAUUACCAGCUAAUUCAGGCGAGGAAAAAUGUAAGUCAUUUAGACCAAAGCUGAACAGUUUCCUUGCGUGGGUGACUCAAGGGCUUGUGGUUACUUGUAUCUUCUUUCUGUGAACCCCACUUAGAGUUCUAUUUGUGCAUGGCUGUCAGGUCCUAUAGGAAAAGAAGGGGUAUUGGGUUGGGGGCGGGGACACAAAAGAGCUGGGGGAACAAGACAUGGGGAUAAUAUCUAGGGGAUACCCUGAGAGACAGAGAGGUAAGGUUUAUGGUACUUAACACUUACGCCCUUAAAAUGCUCAAGGCCUUGGGAUUAUCACUUGCGCUCAUGUUGUAUCUUUAUUCUACAAGUUUCAUACAUGUACCAGAGAGACACCAGCCUGUGUAGCUUUCUCCAGGAGGACAUGGCUGUGUUGCCACAACUUGGGCCUAUUAUACUAAGCCCAUAUCUGCUUUGAGGAAUUCAUCAGUGUUCCUAUACCACCUAGUCCGGCCUCUCACCACUCCUAAGACAUUCCUUUAGCCUACUCUUUUCUAUGCUGUAACUCAGAAUCCAGAACAUUUACAUACAUGCCACCUUUCCUUGGAUAUUUUAUACUAAUUAUUUCUCAGCAUAAUGAGCAUUUAAGGUAUAAAGGGCAGCAUAUUGUCUCCUGUUUAUAUAUAAGAAUACAGUUCUUUUUUACAUAAUUAAUGAAAUACCCUGUUUUUAUUAGGAAACACUAAACUGUGUACAGUUCCUAUUUCUGUCUUCUAGCAAAUCAAUACACUAAUGGUUUUGGUCUCCUAAAGCAGAAUGAAAUAGGAGGAAUGUGUUCAUUUAAACCA